GAAUAAUUAAUAAUUGUUUUAAUUACUCUUUUUAUCGUAUUAAUUUCAUAAUUUUAGUACGUAAUAUGUUUCCAUAAAUAUAAAUUUAUGGCUUGAACUAACCAUUUAUUUGGCAAAUAUCGAAUUAAUAAAUUAUAAUGGGCAAUAUUACUAGUGCCAGUUAAAAACACCUGUUUACUAUCAAAAGAAAGUAAAAGCUGUUUACCACUGUUUACUGUCGUCACAAAUUGAUAAACUUCGUAACCCAAAACAAAAUAAUGGCAAGCCACAAAGUAUACAUGACCCGCAGAAUGACGUUUUCGGCAUGCCACCGUUUGCACAGUAUUUAUUUACCAGAUGGUAUCAACCAGGAGCUGUACGGCAAGUGCAACCAUCCGAACGGGCACGGCCACAACUACACCGUGUUCGUCACCCUGUUUGGGGAGGUUGACCCACAGACUGGCAUGGUCAUGAACAUGACUGACCUGAAAAAGUACAUGGACGAGGCCAUAAUGAAGGAGAUGGACCACCGAAACUUGGACAAGGAUGUUGAAUAUUUUCAGGACAAGCCCAGCACCACCGAGAAUCUCACCAUUUACAUAUGGAAGAGGCUGAAGGAAGUCAUGGAGCAGCCUGAACUUUUGUAUGAAGUUGAGGUGCAUGAAACUGAAAACAAUAUUGUCAAAUACAGGGGAGAAUAAAUUUAACUAGAUUUA